CCCUGCAUCUUCUCCACUUUCCACUAUGGCAAAGUUCACCGUCCUCGUAGCCAUCUUCAUAGCCACCCUUUUCGUGGUCGACGCCUCCAUCUACCGCGCCACUGUGAUCUUCGACGAUGUUGACGAGAAUACUGAUGAAAACCAGAGUAUGCGACGGUGUAGCCAUCAGAUCCAGCAGCAGCAGAAUCUUAGGCAAUGCAAGGAGUAUAUAAGGCAAAGUGUACGCGGCUACAGAGGCCGAGGCCGAGGAUUACCACCCGCUGAUGAAACAGAAAACCAAAGCGACCAAUUUCGAAGGUGCUGCAGCCAGCUUCAGCAGUUGGAUAGCAUGUGUCGAUGCGAGGGUCUGAAGAUCGCGUUUCAGCAGCUACAGGGACAGGGAAUGCUUCGGGGCCAAGAUAUCCGGCAAGCUUAUUUCCUGGCUCAGAAUUUACCGAAGCAAUGCCGUGUAUCUCCGAGACAAUGCCUGAUCCGCUGGAGCUGGGGGUUGUAAAGAAAUAGCUAGCUAGGUGGCCAAUCGCACGAUACAUAUGCAAGCAUCUAAUAAGAUCACAGCUCUGGCAUUUUAGCCGGAGACUAGAUGAUUAGUAAUUAGUAAUCUUAAUUAACAAUAAGCACAUUAUCGUGUGUAUUGUUUGUGAGUUUUGGUAAAUAUACU